GCGCCGGCGCAGGGCCCGCGAGCGGCAGUCGCCGACCAACCACCGCGCAGCUAGGCAAUGUCGUUCCGAAUUUAAAUUUUACUUUUUAAAUUAUUUAUUUAUUUAUUUUUUACUUAGUGACUGCAAGUGCUUUCAAUGAAAUUCAUCAUGAAAGAGCUUUACAAGACUGCGAUACUAUUAAUAAUUUAUUUAGCAUUAACAACCGCUUUAAAAAGCUACGAUGACGAGGAAGCAUCGAUUGACAAUGAACCUGAAAACAUACUGGACGCUUUCAUGCCUGAAGACAACAAGCACACGAGAACCAUUCGCUCACUGAACAAGUACAUAAGCGGCAAGAAACAUGGUGAAAACUUUAGUAGCAGGAAAGCGAAAAUCCUUUGGCCGUACCCAGCGGACUACAAGACGGAAAACGAAACUUUUGAACCGGAUAGUAUAGAUCAUAGCGUAAGCAACAGACAGAAGCGUCUACUCUGGUCGUACCCCCAGAGCCCCGUGGUGGACAUGAUGCUGCAGUCCCCCGCUCUGGGGUACGCUCCGCACAACCCCAACGACCCCUUCGACUACUUGAGGGACUCUUACCCCCUCCCCAAAGGUGCCACGGACCCCCUAGACGAGUACGACUACAUCAUCGUGGGCGCCGGCUCCGCUGGGUCCGUCCUCGCCUCCCGCCUCACUGAAGACAAGCCUCGAGCCUCCGUCCUGCUACUGGAGGCCGGCCAGCCCGAGAUGCUGCUGACCGACGUGCCCGCGCUCGUGCAGUACCUGCAGUUCACGGACUACGCCUGGCACUACUCCACGGAGCACCAGCCGGGAGUGUGUCUUGGCAGCGAGGAGCACCGCUGCUUCUGGCCGCGCGGCAAGGCGGUGGGCGGCACCAGCGUCACCAACUACAUGGUGUACACGCGGGGGCGCCCCGCCGACUGGGACCGCAUCGCGCAGGACGGCAACUAUGGCUGGUCAUACAGUGAUGUUCUUCAAUAUUACAUGAAGUCUGAAAGAGCUGAACUGAAAAAGUAUAAAAAGGCGCCUUACCGAGGCAGGGACGGCGAGCUCACGGUCGAAAAUGUACCAUUUAAAACCGGGCUCGUCGAAGCAUUUCUGUCUGCGGGCAGGAAAUUGGGGCAUCCCACAGUCGAUUACAAUAGCCCCGACGAACUCGGCUUCGGAUACGUACAAACUACCACCGACAAAGGCCACAGGAUGAGUUCAGCCAGAGCGUUCCUGCAUCCUCACAAGAGAAGGAAGAACUUGCAUAUUCUCACCGGCAGCCGCGUCACCAAAGUUUUGAUUGAACCUCAAAGCAAAAGAGCAUAUGCCGUCGACUACGUCAGGAAUGGCAAGAAGCGCCGAGUGCGAUGCCGCCGAGAGGUCAUCCUGUCCGCGGGACCGGUCGCCUCGCCGCAGCUACUGAUGCUGUCCGGUGUGGGACCGCAACAGCACUUAGAGUCACUCGGUAUCCCUGUAGUCAAAGAUCUACCAGUAGGUAAAACAUUGUAUGACCACAUAGCUUUUCCGGGAGUAAUAUUCCGACUGAACACAACCAACGCUAGUCUUCUAGAACCCAAAGUCGCUACAUUCCCCAACUUAAUGCAAUGGCUGCAAUUUGGAGAUGGCUUGCUCACAUCACCUGGUGGUAUUGAAGGAAUCGGUUACAUCAAAACCAAAACAUCUAGUCAACCUGCAUCUAUUCCUGAUCUAGAACUUAUUAGUUUGGGUUCGUCUCUAAACGUUGACUCUGGAGGCGCCUUCCCGAGGAGUUGGGGUAUUUCACAAAACACCUACAACAGCGCUUAUUCGUCUCUAAACGGUUUAGACACUUGGUCCGCGGUUGCGAUGUUGCUACAUCCGAAGUCUAAGGGUUUCAUGGAGUUGCGUGACUCGAACCCAUAUUCGCCACCGAAGCUUUACGGAAACUACUUAACAGAUCCAUCAGAUAUGGCAACAUUGAAGGAGGGAAUACAGUACAUAAUAAAAUUGGCUGAAUCGGAUUCGUUUAGGAAGUACAAUCCGAAGCUGCAUCUGGCUCAGUUUCCGACGUGUGCGACGCACGCACCGGGGUCGGACAGCUACUGGGAGUGUGCGGUGCGGACGAUGAUGGUGUCUUUGCAUCAUCAGAUCGGGACAUGCAGGAUGGGUCCGCCGGGGGACCCCGCGGCGGUGGUGGACCCGGAGCUGCGCGUGUACGGGGUCGAGGGGCUGCGCGUCGUGGACUCCAGCGUCAUCCCUCGCACCAUCUCGGCGCACACAAACGCUCCAGCCAUCAUGAUCGGUGAGAAGGCUGCUGAUCUCAUCAAGAAGACUUGGGCAAAUGCUGUUAGAAGUUAAGCUAUUUAUUUUAUUUCAUGAUAUUUUUAGGUAUACGCUAAGUUAUUUAUUAUUAUUAUUAUACUGAAAUAAAUUUUGAGAGACUGAG